AUGGCACAUCCCGUGGCCAGAGUCUCAAGCAAGACUCUGAAGCUAUCCUUCCCGACUCCCUCUGGCCAAACCCUUCAGAUCUGCCCUCAAUGCGCGCAUCGUUUACCGUCGGUCUACACUCGCCAGUUCACAACCACACGACGCAGAAAUGCCGCCGCCGGAGUCGCCCAGAGCAUCCCCAACAUCGACUCCAAGCUCCCAAAGCAUGUGUCCAUGAAGAGCCAGAUGAAAAAAGCCAACCGGCAACAGAUCGGCACUGAUCUGGGAAAACUACCCCAGACCUUCGUGCUUCCUGCUGCCACGGACCUUCCGGGCUGGAUGAGCCCCAAUGUGAUGAAGAGAACCAGGAUCCAUUGGCUACAAUUCAAGACUGCUGUCAAAGACUGGUGGAGUUUGGUGGUGUUCCUCAAAUGGGACGUCAAACGAGACCCUCUGACGGGAAAAAAGCUGAGAAAGCCCUUGGAGCUGUCUCAGAGAAACCAGAUUGCGCGGGACCUGCACAGGGAAUUCCACGAAGCCUUGAGUGAGGGCGAUCUGAAGAGACUCCAGGUCAUUUGCUGCGAAGGUCUGAUGGCCCAGGCGAGGACGCGGGUCGAGCAACGGAAAGCUUUGCGACGGAGGAAAGAACCGUGGACGCUCGUGAGCUACUCGGGCAUUCGCUACCCAGCUUGGCUCGAGAGAUGGCCCCUUUCGGGGUUUCUACCGAGGGCAAGCACCAGAGUCGUUUCGGACAGGCUUGCCCCAUUGCCCUUCGCCGAUACCUACCUCCGACAGUGCAUCGUGCGCAUCAGCAGCAUUCAGAACUAUCUGCUCGCCGACAGUGACAAGGACGUUAUGCUGAAGCACGUCGAUUAUGUGGUUAUACAAAAAAUGACGACGAAGGGCGAGGAGGGACCGUGGAAGAUCUGGGGUCUGACGGAACCAACCACCAUGAAGGAGAUUGACGGGUUGCUUGAGGGCAAAGGACAAGAAUCGGGGACAACCCUUGCGGAGAGGAUACGGGACAAGAUAUCCGGUAUUGCAGGCGUCUAG